GCAGUGGAUGUCAGUAGGACUCCGGUGAUCCGUAUACGCAGGCUUUUGGAUAUCGUUUAACAGUGACGACACACUCGGUUCACAUGGUGGCUCGUAUUCACGCCCAUGCAGCGCGCAGCGUUGUGGAAGGACCAGCUGGCUGAAAGCGAAGAGGAUGUGGCAACACUGGCCGUUACUGUUAACGGGGAAGUGUGUUUGUCCUCUCCGCCGGUGCCUCCCGUGACUUUCCGUGCCUUAUAAGUACAAGAGGAGCGCGACCCGCGGAGCGGAGCCGCCGGGCUGAGUGAUAACAUACAGAAGAGGACUUUGGAGCUACAGUGACAUGUCCUUAACUAGACCUUACUGUCCACAGUAUCUGACACAUACUGAAAUGCGACGUCAUUCAAAGAAGAAGAAUGUUGUUCUGGCAGUGCUGCUUCUCAUCGGGGGAUUGUACUUCAUCAGCCAUUCGGACGUUCUCAUCUCUGGCCUGAGAAGGUCACACGAACCGAUUCCAAAUGAGUUAACUUGGCAAGCAGAGAGGCUGGUUAGUAAGGCGUCCUGGGUCGAACGGGGAGAUCACCUGCCUCUCAAUGUGUCCUAUCAGCUGCUUGCUGGAGCACCAUCCACUCAACAGAGGUAUUUGUCAGUUGGAUUGUCAUCGGUGAAGAGGAAGAAGGGCAGCUAUCUAAUCGCCACCUUGCAGUCCCUCUUCUCCCAGUCAUCUCCCGAAGAGCGCUCCUCCAUGGUGGUGGUAGUGCUGCUGGCAGAUUUCGAUGUCAGCUGGAGAGUCGCUACAGUGAGGGAGAUCAAAACAGCAUUUGCCUCGGAGCUGGAACAAGGCCACCUGGUGGUCCUCCAUGUUCCUCAGGAUUGGUACCCUCCUGUCACAGGUCUAAAGAGGAACUACAACGAUGUCCCAGAAAGGGUGUCGUUCCGCUCCAAGCAGAACCUGGAUUACUCCUUCCUGAUCCACUACAGUGCCGGUCUUGGCCGAUACUACCUCCAGCUGGAGGACGACAUCUCCUCCGCAAAAAACUUCCUUACCACCAUCAAGAGGCGUGUUGAGGAGCAAGAGGCAAAGAAGCCCACCUGGGCAAUGCUGGAAUUCUCGGCCCUCGGCUACAUCGGAAAACUCUACAAAUCAGCCCAUCUUCCUCUCCUGGCCCGCUUCCUCUUCCUCUUCUACCAGGAAAUGCCUUGCGACUGGUUGAUGGCUCACUUCCGAGAGCUGCUGACUCAGAAAGAGCCAAUCCUCUUCAAACCCUCGCUGUUCCAACACAUGGGGACUUUCUCCUCGUUCCAAGGGACAUACAACAAGCUAAAGGACAAGGACUUUGAGGAGGGGCUCUACACCAACCCGUCAGCUGAGGUUUACUCUGAUAUGUCCCCCUACAAGAAACACUUCCCCAAACUGGCCUGGGAUGCCGGGGAGGGAUUCUUCUGGGGACGCUCCCCGGAAAAGGGAAAUCACCUGACUGUGGUGUUCACAGAUCCUACAGUAGUGACGGGGAUAUUUGUAGAAACAGGGUCGGGGGGCAAAGACCUCCUGGAGUCAGCUCAGGUGGAGAUAGGCCGUGAAGUGUUUACCACCAAGAAGGAGGGGAAGAGCUGUAGAGAGUUCCAGUCGGUGGGGACGUUCGAGAAUGGGAGGUUUGAGAUGCAGGAGAUGGACAAAAAGUAUAGCGCUGCCUCUUCCUGUCUGAGGAUACAAGUCACGGAUGGGCAGAAGGAUUGGGUGAUCAUUAAGAAAAUCAGGAUCUCAACGUCGAGUACACCUCCACACCAAGCAUAGGAGUGGGAUUUGUCUUCCUGCCAGAUUAAUAAUUUAUCUCUGUUUGAUCUGCUGGACUCUGUAUGCAGGCUGAACAUGUGACUUCUGUGCCUUGUUAAACAGCUUCACUGAUGAAGCCACAAUCCAGUGCUUGAAACUGUGUAAAGCUACUGUCAAUAUGAAGAAAAUGUUGGCCCAAGCUCUGUGGUAACUUGUUGUCUCUUCAACAUCAUGAAAUUUGCAGUGAUUGCAGUUAAUAUAUCAGCUAUAACCAAGCACCACCAUGUGUUUCAUUCAUAUAUAUAUAUUAUGCAUUGUGUAUCAGACAGACUGUUUGAUUAUUUGUAUUGUCCAUUGUUUUUCAAAAAAGGCACAGGAGGGAGUAACCAACUGAAUUGCUGAAUUGUGGUUUUAUUACCCUGAGUCAUCAUGCGUCAUGGGGACAGGGCCAUUCUGUGUUGCAGGGGAUUGUGCCGUGGUUUAUUUUUUGGAAGUUUGGAAGACAGGUUAAACCGGGCUCAGACUACAGGAGUUUUAGGCCGAUUUAUCCCCGAUUCACCCCUCCCGACAAUCUGGUCUGGGAGCGUGGUCGGUACCGAUGUUCGGCCCAGAUUAUCUGGUAACGUGAGGGGUUUACAGAUCCAGUCUUAAGCCUCCCGAACUGCUCGCAGACUCACCGGGGGCCGCCCCGAUAAUAUCGGACAUCACACAAGAGCCGGUGAGAGAGACAAGCCCGGAGCAGCUGACGGUGUUGCCAAGCAACGGUAGACAUUCUAGCGUCGUCGCACCACGCGAGUCCCCAUUUUGUUUACAUCUGCUUCCCCGUGAGAUCACGUGGUGCACGGCUCCCUCGGCCACGAUAAUCUUAAUAUCCUGCAGUGUGCGUGAUGCGCCAUUAUUUUUAAAUCUUUUAGUGUGAGCAUGUUUGAGAUUAGAGAGAGGAACAUCUGCGACGUUUCUCCUCAUCCAUCCCGACUUCAAAACCGGUUCGGAUGUUCAAACUCCUGUAGUGUGAGCCCGGCAUUAGACACGUUAGUAUGACCACAGAGCCUUACAGUGUUCUUUGUUCAUGCCUCCCAAUUUGAUUGUAAACUACAAUUUUAUUACUUACAUAAAAUGGGAGCCAUGAUGGCAAACUACACAUUUAAACAAUUUAAGUUAAUUUUAUAGUCUGUGUGCUCCUGGAGAAGUACACCAUCUCAUUUUCCACACUUCCCAUUUUUCAUCAAUGUGUUCUCCUUUAUUCCAGCCAGACGGUAUAAAGAUUCAGAUUUUCUGAAAACGGCCCAUCAAAAUGUUGCUACAUGUGUCCCAAAAUGUGAGAGGGCCAAAUCAAAUUACUGACUGACAUCUACGGUCAACUUCUGUUUCCACAAAGGAGAAAACAACAGCUUAUUCUUUUGCAGUGUUUAUUGGAGCUCUUAUUGUUACUCUGGUCGGUUCAUAGAACAAGAAGACAUUCUGGACGGACAAAUGGAAAAAUAGUACAGAGAGAGGAGACGGGUGGAGACGGGUGGAUGGAGGCAGUGUAAAAGAGGUUUGGGGGUAAAGAGAAACAACCCUUUCAGUCAGUAAUCAUUAUGAGGCAAACGUCCAUAACAAAAAGAUAUGUUUUAAAAAAAAAAGCUUUCUAUAUUUUCCCCCUGAUGACCAUACAUUGACUUUUCAUGAUUCAUGAGUUGGAAACUACUUCAGUACAAUCAGCCAUGCUAAAAUAAGUCCAAACUGGUACAGUUAAUGGGCAUUUAUUUUUGUAGGUAUAAGAAUUAAAUGAAGAAGUUCACUGGUCUUGCCGUGCAUCUCUGUGUCUCUGCUUAGAGGAUGAUGGUGCUCCUUGGCUGGCUACUUUCUCUGCCACAUUGCUCACUGGUCUCCCCUUGCCAGUACCGGGCCUGCUAUUGGUUCCCUCUCCAGCAGCAGGCCUCAAAGCUGGCUUCUUUUCAGCCGCAGAGCCCUGGCUCAGCGGCCUGUCUUUCCCAGUAGCCUGAAUGGCUUGUUUUUCUUCAGCGGGCGGACCAACGGUUCCAACCACAGCUGCCCGUGAGUCCUGGAUUUGGCUGGCAGUUGUCUCGCCUCCAGUGACGGGGCGGUUCUGAGAUGCAGGUCUGGCUUCAGCUGCAGAGGAUGGGGCAGCACCGUCCUGCUGUACGUCCACUUUGGUCUGAAAGGACAGAAAACAGACAAUGGCCACUAAGCUGAUCUGAACAGAAAGGGGCACAUUCUUGCUCUUACAAAUGAAAAGUUGAAUUCAUAAGCAAUAAAACACACCCUUGCUCUCUUCAGUAUGCUCAGGAGUUUUGCUGCUUCAGCCUUACUUGGUCUGGUGUAGCUAAUGGUGGCUAAUGUUAGCUAACAUUAGACAGAGUAUUGCUGUAUAAUGGACAUUACCCAUUAAAUGUGUUGAUUUCGUGACUCUUUUCUACUUGUGCUACUGUUACAGUGUGUUUUAGCAUUAUCCUGUAACCUGUUGGUCACUUGUGGCCACAGUAGUUGCUAUUCAGCAAAAGUAAAUAGUCUCCCUUUAAAGACCCUGAAAACAUGGCAAAUCUGAAGUAUUUACCUAUUACGUUACAUAUUCAUGACUUGCUGCUACAGAGUUAUUUGGUCUGGUAACCACUCGGUACUUGUGGCUAAUAAGUUCAACUUUAGGUAGGUAUUUCUGUGUAACUGAACUAGUUUGCUGAUUUAUUCCUCUUUUUUUGCUCGUGCUACUGUCACACUACUUUUUUACCACGUCGCAGAUGAAUAAGCAGGUGUGCUUACUACAAUGUUUAACUUUUGUGAUAAAACCCUUGAAAGUUAAUAUGUGACAUGUUAGCUUAACACACAUAUAGAAAGGUUAGAACAUUAGCAAACUGAGUCAAUAAUGUCAGUGACACAGUUUGCUAACAUUAGCCACCAGCUACUGGACCAGACCAGAUGGUAGCCCCAAAAUCUGUGAGGCUGUGUCUGAAAUCGCUCCCUAUUCACUGUAUAGUGUACGGAGCCCCAGAAGGAUCACAGACAGAAAAAAAUAUGUAUAUUGAGGCCACGAAAUGCUAUUCAUUCGCACGUUUUAAUUAACUCGUUUGCAGUUUUAAUCAACUGGCAUGAGCAGCACAUCAUGGGAGCCGGACAGCUCAGUCCUACACUUUCCAGUGACAGGCCAGCGUUUGUGGGUUUGGGCCCUGAACGGGAGGCUUGGAAAGUGGUAGAAGAUAAACAGCUGUUUAUGGUUUACAGCUAGAGGGAGGUUGACACAGAAAAGUGGUUUGAUGAAGUCAUUCUGAAUAAUAAUAAUAAGCCAUGUUCUCAGAAACACAUGGCUACAUUACUUAAUAUUCAGGGGAUUAAAGUAAGGGGAAUAAGAGAAUGACAUGUUUGCUUAUGAAUUACAUUUUUCAUUUGUAAGAGGAAGAAUGUGUUAUUUCUUCUUUCAGAAGUUACAUAGUCUUGCUUUUACCUAUACUUAAAAAAAAAAAAAGCUUAACUAAUUUGCUCUAGGGUGUUUAAUCCCUGGACAUGUCGUGCUAUUUUAGUUUGCUCUUCACUGAAAUGUUUGGUAUAUAAGUUUGAUCACAUUCAUUUAUUUCAACCAAAUUACCUUUUAAAAAUGGCAAAUACAUUUGUGUGACUGAUUGAGAGGACCUAAUCUUGGUAAAUCCUAUAGUCUUCAAUUUUGUUUUCAGGAUUGUAGAAUUGGUAGACUUUAUAAUCAGCAUAAUACAGUAACUUCUGUCAGAAGCAGGAGCCCUUUAGAAAAACAAAUAUGCACAUGUUGCAUACUGUUCCAUGCAGAGAGAUCAGAGAGAGCUUUUAUUGUUUCUAAUUUCCUGAGGCAACACAGGGAGAGCUUAUCUCGUUUCGGCUGGCUCUCCACAGGGACACGAGCCUGCUCUACAGCAGCUCAGGUUACUUGGAAAUAAAAAAAUAUGUCUUGCA